AUGGACGGGUUUUCUACCUUAUUCGAGGACUUCACAAGACUUGAUGUAUUUGUCAUUGGCUUUGUGGUGAAGUUGCUAUUCGUUAUAUCGGCUCCAUCCUUUUUAAUUUAUAUCAUACUUAAUGAGAUUGUUCGACUACGAGGUCGAAUCCCUAAGUUGCCGGGACCGUGGGGUUACCCCUUAUUGGGGAGUCUUCCGUCUCUACACGGCACGGCGACGUCGGACGAAUAUAGAAUAUGGGCUAAGCGCUAUGGUGACGUAUUCCAAGUACCACUGGGCAACGUAACGGCUGUGGUGGUAAACAGUACGGCAGCAGCCCGUGCGCUCUUUAUAGGACAGCGAGAAGCGACAAACUCGCGCCCCGUAUUCUAUGUUUUACAUAAAAAAGUGCAACAGGGAGGACCUGUGACAAGCAUUGGCACCAGCCCCUGGGAUGACAGUUGUAAGCGACGACGCAAAGUUGCUGCUACGGCCCUGAAUAAGACAAGCACGGAAAGCUACCUUCCUAUCUUAGACCUUGAAUCGAGGGCGUUGACGCUAGAUGUUCUAUCCAGUUGUAAGAACGGCACUGUAUCCGUUGACGUGCUUGAUCUCACGCGCAAGUUCGCUUUGAACCUUAGCUUAACACUGGCCUAUGGAACACGAGUUGAAAACGUAAAGGACUUACAUAGAGACCUCGUGAUCUCCGAGAUCAUUUAUAUCGAAGAAGAAAUAUCAAAAUUUCGCAACCCCACCAGCAACUUUUCCAACUACGUCCCGCUACUCCGUCCGCUCAACACUGUUGCGGGGUGGCUAGGACUGCACAAGAACUCGCACACGGCCGACGUGGGGAAACGGCGGUACGCUUACCACCGCGUCUUGCAGGAGAAACUCAAGAGAGAUAUUGCGGAUGGCGUUGACCGUCCUUGCAUCCAAGGCAACGUCCUCAAAGACCCCGAGAGCAAGGGUCUCACCGACGGCGAGCUUCUCAGCAUUGGGCUCAGCAUGCUCGCGGGCGCCGAUACUACGAAACGAUCACUGAUGUGGGCUAUCCUGCUCCUCGCGCACCGUCCGGACAUUCAGGAGAGGGCAUAUAAAGAGAUCAUAGAGACGGAUGCUCACUUGCUCGAGUCUCCGCAUGUCGCGCACUCCAGAGUCGAGUAUAUCGAGGCCUUUACCAAGGAAAUCGGCCGCUAUUACGCAGUGCAGCGUCUUGCGCUGCCGAAAGCCACGUACUCACACGUCGAAUGGAAAGGGGCAGUCAUCCCUCCUAACACGCUGCUAUUUCUAAAUUCAUGGGCAUGUACACGAGACCCGUCCGUAUUUUCAGACCCCAACGUAUUUGAUCCAGAGCGCUGGAUGGACGGCGGCCAGACGGCAAACAGACACCAGUAUGCAUUUGGCAUUGGGGGUCGGAUGUGCAUCGCAAGCCACGUUGCGACGAAGGCCCUCUACGCCGUCUUCCUCCACCUCAUCAUGCACUUCCGGAUCUUACCAGCGGAAGAAACGAUGGACCCGAUUGUGGCGGAUCCUAUAGAGGGUCUAUUAACUCGGGAAAAUCCCAUCGCGGGACCGAAAGCUAGGACGGUGCGCUUUGUGCCGCGGAAUAUUGAUGUAACUCGACGGAUGCUGUCCGCGGAGUCUUAG